AAUACAGUCGAGUCAGUCAGUAGAGUAUAUUAACGAUGUCAAACAUGACCACCAGUGUCAUGGAUCGUAAUUAUAUGAUUAGAACAUGUCAUUUAGAUAAAGAAUAUUGCGUGUUUUUGUCACUUUAUGCUAGUCAAGCUAGCUCAGUGGGCGGGGCGUGUGGUUGACUGCUGCUUGCACCCACUGGAGACCCCUUGCAGUUAUCACUUCUGUGUUCCUGCGAAGAAAUGUCGCAAAGGACAUACAACGAGCUGUGGGCAGAGGCCCAGGUGGAACUGAGUCGUCUGCUCGUCGAGGAGAUUCCCGCCGUGCCUCGUCAGCCAGAAAAGGACAGAGUGGUGUUCUUCCAGCGUCUGGCCAUGCUCUACGUGCGCUACCUGCAGGUCUUCCGCCAACUGGAGAAGGCCUACGAUCAGGUGGUGCACCCGCAGAAGAGACGGCUUCUUCUCAACGUCCUCGAGGGAGUCAUGGGCCGAGUCUUAGAGCUGAAGAAUGAAAUGGUGGAGAAGGAGUUCUGCGAGUACCACUACAUGGAUGAUGUCCUUCACGACUUGAAGCUCACACCUGCCGAACUUGAGAUCCCAAUCCCUAACUACUUCCUGCGUGAUCGCAACGGUGGAAUCCUCGAGCGGACGCAGAUGCUUGCAAACAUCCUCCAAACGAUGGAGACCACCGUCACCCAAAAACGUGUGGCCAAGGCCAUGACUCAAGAGGAGGCCAUCAGAGUCGUUCAAGUGGCGGAGAGGGCGCGCCAAGGACGCCUGAGGGCAGCCUUGAACGAGGCGAGCAGAAGACUGAGCAAGAUACCCCGAACCGAAGACCCGACGCCCGCUGACAUGGCCCAAGCUGCAGUCCGCAUCCAAAAGGUAUGGAGGGGCUAUCUAGAGAGGAAGAAGACGGCGGCGGUUCGGAAUGAAGAUAUGAUUUUUCUGGGAAUGGCUUUGCAUCCCAAAUACCAGGAGCCGUGCAAGGCAAUAAUCACUGCCCAGGCCAAUGAAGCUUCCACGCGAAACAAGCAAAAGGAGCAUGAGGAAGAGUACCAAAAGUCUGUGGUGGCAAUCACAAACCACCUGCGAGAGCUGGAGGGUCAGGAUAUUGCCGAAAACAUCAAAGAACAAAUACGACAGUGGUUUCUUGAAUGCCGCAACCUAACAGGGAACUUCCCAGACUUUCCAGAUGAAGACGAGGGAGGCUCGGCCGUCCUGUUUGCUGAAAAGGAUUAUCAGCAGUUAAUAGAAGAAUUGGCUGAAAUGGAAGAGGAAGCUUCAGGCAAGAAAAAGGACGACAAAAAAAAGGAAGAAGCAAAGAAGUCCAAGGGGAAGGAUGCGGAAGAGGACGAAGGUUUGAUGAUGCUACCUUCGGCUUUUUUGGCAGACUUGGAAGUGGGCAACAAAGCCUUUGCUGAUUUUUGGGAAACCCGCAGUGAGUAUAAAAAUUUCAACCAGAGGCACGAGGUGGAGCUGAUCAAGGAGGAGAAAAGGGUGGACAUCCAGGAAGAGAUUCGAGUCAAGGUGGAUGUGGAGAUGAGAGUGGAACUGGCAGACUGGAGGCUUGCUGUGGAAAAAGUUCCACCCAAAGUUUAUGCGAAGAAAAAAGGCAAAGGUAAGAAGGACAAGAAAAAGAAGAAGGGGGAGAAGGAUUUGACAGCUGACAGGACUCUUGAGUCGCUGUGUCAGGAGAUGGUGGAACAGGGUUUGCUGAAGCAGGCGAAUGACGUUCGGAUGCGGGACUACCUGGGUGACUUCAAUUAUCUUGGAACCACGCUGAGGCAGAACGACAUCGAACCCAUGCCCUCAAUGUCUGACGUGCGGCAAAUCGUUUCUCUCUACGCCAUUUUACCUUUAGGCUCUCACGUGGUCCAUGAGAAGGCCCCCCUGACAAAAGCCAUCCUGCUAGCAGGACCAUCAGGGGUGGGGAAGAAAAUGCUCGUCCAUGCGGUCUGCCAGGAGACUGGCGCCACCCUGUUUGACCUCUCCCCUCUCAACAUUGCUGGAAAGUAUCCAGGCAAGAGCGGCCUCACCAUGAUGCUCCACUUGGUCUUCAAGGUGGCAAGACUGAUGCAGCCGUCAGUGAUAUGGAUCGAUGGCGCGGAAAAAAUGUUCUACAAGAAAGUUCCCAAGGAAGAAAGAGCGCUGGAACCCAAACGCUUGAAGAAAGAUUUGGCCAAGUCGCUCAAGCUGAUUAAAGAGGAGGACCGCGUUCUCAUAAUUGGAACAGCUAAAGAUCCCAUCAGUGCCGACAUCAAGUCCCUGUGUAAGCUCUACAGCAAAAUCAUCCUCAUCCCGAGACCUGACUACGGAUCCAGAUAUGGUGAGAAAAGAAACAGUCAUCACACGUCCAUCAAGCGCAUCUACAGCAUGUCCAUUCUCUCUGAUGUCACGCAUUCACGUGGACCGGUUGCAGUGUUGUGGAAGCAACUGAUCCAAAAACAUGGAGGCAAGAUAACCACCGCCUUGGACCUCAGCUCCCUGGCAAAGAUUUCUGAUGGCUACACCCCAGGUCACAUGAUCCAGGCCAUCCAGACAGUGAUUACAAAGCGACGACUCCUGCUGCAAGAAAAAAGGCCUCUGACUGCUGUUGAGUUUGUGGCCCCAUUAGCCAGGUUCACCCCCGUGUUUCAAGCUGAGGAAGAAGCCUUAAAAAAAUGGUAUGCAAAGACUCCCUUGGGAAAGAAGCGGAGUAAGGCUGCUGCAGAGAGGGAAGAGGCUCUGCAGGCACAGGCUAAAGGCAAAGGUGCACCCAAAAAGGGGAAGAAAUGAUGCCAGUGAAUCGUCUGCGAAAGCUAUUAUUUUAAAUAAAG